UUGAAUUGCAACCAGUGUACAAUUUCACAACUCACAGCGCUCUAUUUGUAUAUUACAUAUUCUCAGUUUCCGGGGCUCUGUUCCUGCUUCCGUUUGCUUAUGUAGAGCUUUUGUUAGAUGAAAUCUAAAGUGCUAUGAAAUAAAGUGCAGAAACCACAAGAUGUUAGUCUUCAUACACGCAACAAUAACUGCACGGAGACAGGUGCUGCUGGCUAAAUGAUCUGCCCUUCUGCCGCCUCGUUCUGGAAACGCAAUAUUUUAUUUACAAUCUUCAGGUGAAGUGAUGGAGACUGUACAGCUUAGAAACCAUCCCAAAAGACAUCUGAAAAAGUUAAGUGAAGAAAGUCUGAAUAAACAGCCUGAAGAGGUUUUCGAUGUGCUAGAAAAACUUGGGGAAGGGUCCUAUGGCAGUGUGUACAAAGCAAGUCACAAGGAAACUAGUCAGAUUGUUGCAAUUAAACAGAUCCCUGUCGAAUCAGAUCUUCAAGAAAUUAUCAAGGAAAUAUCUAUAAUGCAGCAAUGUGACAGCCCUCAUGUUGUAAAAUAUUAUGGCAGCUACUUUAAAAACACAGACCUGUGGAUUGUCAUGGAAUACUGCGGGGGAGGAUCUGUUUCUGACAUUAUCCGGCUCCGAAAGCAAACGUUAAAAGAAGAUGAAAUUGCAACGAUAAUACAUUCAACACUUAAAGGACUUGAAUAUCUUCAUUUUAUGAGGAAAAUACACCGAGAUAUAAAGGCUGGAAAUAUCUUAUUAAGUGCAGAUGGAAACGCAAAACUUGCAGACUUUGGAGUAGCGGGACAACUAACAGAUACUAUGGCAAAACGAAACACAGUUAUUGGGACUCCAUUUUGGAUGGCUCCAGAAGUGAUCCAGGAAAUUGGCUAUAACUGUGUUGCAGACAUUUGGUCGCUUGGUAUAACAGCAAUAGAAAUGGCUGAAGGGAAACCACCAUAUGCAGAUAUUCAUCCAAUGCGAGCAAUUUUCAUGAUACCAUCAAAUCCUCCUCCAACGUUGCGAAGGGAAGAGCUUUGGUCAAAAGAAUUCAUUGACUUUAUCAACCAGUGUCUUGUGAAGAACCCUGAGCACAGAGCCAGUGCUACUGAACUUUUACAGCAUCCACUUGUUAAAACUGCCAAAGGUGUGUCUAUUUUACAACACUUAAUAAAUGAAGCCAGGGACGCGUUGAUGAAGAAGAGUGAAAUGCAACAUCGUGAAGUGGAACCAGAAGAUGAUGACAUUGUGGAAGAAAAUGAGGUUGAUUCUAGUACAAUGGUUCAAGCAAAACGAAAAGAGAUGAACACGAUGCAAGCAUUUACUACAAUGAAUGAAGUGAUGGAUAAUACAAUGGUAGAAAAUGACCGAUUGGAAACGCAACUAGGUACAAUGUUGAUAAAUAGUGAAGACGAGGAGGAGACGGGUACCAUGAAAAAGAGCAACUCGCCUGCUCAGCCAGCUAAACCAUCAUUCCUUGAAUAUUUUGAACAACAUGAAAACCAGACAAGUACAGAGGAAAAGAAGACCUCCUCCCAAGCUCCAGAUUUAUCUAACUGGAAAAUACCUCUCAAUGGAGACUAUAGUUUUUUAAAAGACUGGAGUGUUGAUGACAUUCAGAUGAAGCUGAACGCUCUUGACCCAAUGAUGGAGCAGGAAAUUGAAGAAAUACACCAAAGAUAUCAGGCAAAGCGUCAACCCAUUCUAGAAGCCAUUGAAUCAAAGAAGCGCAGACAACAAAGUUUCUGAAGAAGAUACUACUAUACAUUAAAUGGCAUAAAACCUAUUUUUUUUAUUUCAUGAUUCAAAUAGAGAAAAACAUUUUAAACAACUUUCAAAUUUACUUCUAUAAUACUAUUCUAUUUGUAUCCUUUGUUGAAGAAAUAGCAAUGCACAUUGGGUGAACCAAAAAUGAGACAGACACAAAUCAGCAGCUCCUGAGCCUACCUAGGUAUGCUUUUCAACAAAGAAUACUAAGAGAGCUAAACAAAUUAGGUAAUGGAAGUAAAUUGGAAAGUUGUUUAAAAUUGCAUGUUCUAUCUGAAUCAUUUAGAGCAUUGGAAUAUAUUCUAUUUUGAUACAUUUUAAUAUAUAUUUUUAAAGUGGUUUUUUUUUUUUUUACAGUGGAAUUAUUUGUAUUUUGUGUGUAUAUAAACAUCAAAAGAUUCAAUACAUGAAGAUAAAAAAAAAUGUUUGCAAUUUAGAUUGCCAAUGUUAUAAACAUAUAUAAUAUUUAAGAAGUAACACCAAACACAUUUUAUAAACAUUUCAGAGACGUUUUGUUGUAUUAAUUUGUUUGAGCAUUAUCUAUUUUUUUAAUUUGUGAAAUGUUUUUAUUAUAUAUUUCUUCUUAUUGGUAACAUUAAUGUAUGGACAACCAUUUUGUCAUUUAAAAUUAAACAAAGGAAUACAUGUCCAAAUUGCAUUGUAUUUUGAGGAACAUACAUUGAAUUAUGCCAGGUCUAGGUAGCUAUACAAACAAAAAUGGACUUAGUGACUAGUUGCACAUAGUAUUAAGAGGCAUGAAUACUUCUGCCACUGUGAUUCCCAUACAAAGACAAGCUUGGAAAUUCAAAUUAAGAUUACUCGGAAUAAUUUGUGAGUUACUCAAGAAAAAUAAGCUAAGCUAUUAUUACAAAACAUAAUUGCCUAGAUUACAAGUAAAGCACACAAAAAAUAGUACUAUUGUGCAUUAACAUCACUCAAGUAAAAUCAAUAUUGCUUCCAUGUUUGUGCUCAUUUUAACAGUCCAAAGUUGUUUUUAUUCUUCAAGCAAUAGAACGUGCUAACAUCUGCAUGUCAGAGCGAAUGUGCUAAAUCCCUCACAUUAUGACUUCUGUGGUGGUGCACAGUAAAAUUCAUGUUGGAUGUCACUCAAGCUUUAAGUAGAAGAUGCAUGAAGCAGAGGGUGCACUAAGCCAAUGGAGCGCAAGUAGUGGAGGCUCUUCCUGUAGUUCUGUUCUAUACUAAUAAUAAUGGUUUACUUCAUUUUAGAGCAAUAUUUUGGAGUGUUCUUGAGUACAACACAACUCACCACUUGAUAUUUGUGCACAAUGAGUAUGCUAAUAGUGCUCUCUAUGCUAAAACGUAUAGGGCACAAUUAAAAAGUGUUGGCUGCGUUAAGUUGCUUAGGUUACCAGAUUGUGCAUUCUGUAUGUGAGGUUGUGCAAAAGAUAAUGCACCCAGCCACUUAUAAUUUAGCCCAUAGUAAAAACUUAUUUGAAACCUUAGACAACAGUGGUAUAGUUCACUGGAAUGUAGUCAUGAUUUACUGUAGUUUCACUCACUGCCUAUACCAGCAUAUAGAAGAGGAAAAAAUAUAAGGUAGGUGGUAUGUAGGGUCUGUGGAAAUUCUAGAUAGUCGAUCAUGGAUAUUUAGCCUGGAUUUAUUGUGACCAAACGAUAUCAAAAGGGGUUUUAAUAUUAUUAAUUUUAAGAUGAAUACAUUUCAUAUUAUACUAGAUUCCAUGGAUUAUGACCUGUGAAUUGAAACGGGAAUAUACAGUAUUUCAGCUUUUUAUAUGUUAUAUAAUGUGAUUGCCCAUCAGGCAAGUUAUAUAUUGAUGUCUUUUUUUUACUUUUUGCACCAAAAUGUGUUUGUGUGUAGAUAAGUGACCCAAGCUGCUGUAAAUAAAGGUCAUUUUAUUAUGCUUAUGUUCUGCUGUACAUUUUGUAUUUUUAUGUAGCAGAAGGGCUAAACGGUGAUCCUGAGUACAGUAAGGUAGUAAAUUGAUUUCAAGACUGUUUUUUACAGGUUUUUUUGUAUCAAUGUUUGGUUUUGUUUAACCAGUAUGAGAUAACUGACAGCAUUUUGCUUUAUAGGUUAAUAAAGUUGUAUUCACUUAAUUUA